AAGACACUACCUAAUUUUAUUUUUGGUACCUUUUUUCCAGACCCCUCUAAAGAAAACCAAUGCCCUCAUUGCACAGAUGGGAAUAACCUUCUUAAAUGCAUAUGUUCCCAGUGCACUUUGCUGUCCCAGUCGAGCUAGCAUUUUAACAGGAAAAUACCCACAUAAUCAUCAUGUUGUCAAUAACACUCUGGAAGGAAACUGUAGCAGCAAAUCAUGGCAGAAGAUCCAAGAGCCAUAUACCUUCCCAGCACUACUCAAAACUAUGUGUGGCUAUCAAACGUUCUUUGCUGGAAAGUAUUUGAAUGAGUAUGGAGCAGAAGAUGCAGGGGGAGUAGGCCAUGUACCUCCUGGAUGGAGUUUCUGGUAUGCUUUGGAGAAAAAUUCAAAGUACUACAACUAUACUCUCUCAGUGAAUGGUAAAGCGCGAAGGCACGGUGAGAACUACAGUGUAGAUUACCUUACCGACGUACUGGCAAAUAUGUCUUUGGACUUCUUGGAGUAUAAAUCAAAUUUUGAACCCUUCUUUAUGAUGAUCUCCACCCCAGCACCGCACUCACCUUGGAUAGCUGCUCCACAGUAUAAAAAGAGUUUUCAGAAUGUCAGUGCACCAAGAAACAGCAAUUUUAACAUUCAUGGAAAGAACAAGCACUGGUUAAUUCGACAAGCAAAGACUCCAAUGACUAACUCUUCAAUACAGUUUCUUGAUGAUGCUUAUAGAAAGAGGUGGCAAACUCUGCUGUCAGUAGAUGACCUGAUAGAGAAGUUAGUGAAGAAACUGGAAUUCCAUGGAGAGUUAGAUAACACUUACAUCUUUUACACAUCAGACAACGGCUUUCAUACUGGUCAGUUCUCAUUGCCAAUAGACAAACGGCAGUUGUAUGAGUUUGAUAUCAAAGUUCCUUUGCUAGUUCGAGGACCAGGGAUAAAACCAAAUCAGACAAACAAGAUGCUUGUUGCAAACAUUGAUUUGGGUCCCACUAUUCUGGAUAUUGCAGGGUAUGACCUGAACAAGACUCAGAUGGAUGGGAUGUCGCUACUGCCACUGUUGAGAGGAGACAAAAAUGUGACAUGGAGAUCAGACUUCUUAGUGGAGUACCAAGGAGAAGGAUACAACGGCAGUGAUCCUACCUGCCCUGGCCUAGGACCUGGUGUUACACACUGUUUCCCAGACUGUGUCUGUGAAGAUUCCUAUAACAACACAUAUGCUUGUGUAAGGACACUGUCAACUUCCUGGGAUCUGCAGUACUGUGAAUUUGAUGACCGGGAGGUGUUUGUUGAAGUAUAUAACUUAACUGCAGAUCCACACCAGAUCAAUAAUAUUGCUAAAACAAUAGAUCAAGAAAUUCUAGAAAAGAUGAACUAUCGGUUAAUGAUGCUGCAGUCCUGUUCAGGAGCAACGUGCCGUACACCUGGCGUCUUUGAUCCCGGGUACAGGUUUGACCCACGCCUCAUGUUCAGCAAUCAUGGUGUUCGGGCUCGCAGGUUUUCUGCACAGUCCUUAUAAAGCAUUUAAGAGCUUCUUGUGAUCAGCUCCCACUGACCAGUUUUUCCAGUGACUGCAGCAGGUCUGUCUCUUAACUUUCAUUGAUCACAGCUGGAAGAUUAUUAAUGGGCUGUUCAAACCCAGUUUGGAAGAAAAACCCUUGUCUUUAGCUGGCUGCCUUGUGCAAUAUGUAUAUUUACAGCUGAACUGUAAUUCUAAACUGUCAGACAUAACUAAUCUGUCUUGCUCAGAUAUUUGGUUACCACCUUUGUCUUUCAAGUACGUUUUCAUAUCACGGGCACAGAGGUGACCUAUGGCCUCUGAAUCUGAACACAGUUUAUCUUGUUCUUUAAGAAAAAAAAAUCAAUAAAUGCAUAUUUGAAUCCGGUUAGAUAGGCAGGUGCUAUUGCACAGAAAUGCUCACCCAUAUUCACACCCUGUCAUACGGACUUUCUUAACGGCUAGGUUUAAUUAUUGGUUUCCUGUACUGAGCUCAAAGCUGUUAACGGCAAUAGCAAACUAGCCCAAAAUAGCAUAGGAAGGCACUAGUCAAAACUGUAGGAUCUGACUGGCAAGUGUCUUGUGCAGAAUUAAAGUCAGUAUGCUAAAUACCUUCUUUUCUUUCGACAAGACCACUUCAAAUAAUAACAAUGCAUUUUGUAGAUCUGCUUUGGUAGCUUGUAAACAAGAAUGUGAUUUCAAACUCAUUCUAGUUUGAAAUGCUAGAAGAGGUUAACACGUACUACUGAAACUUUCAAGUUUAGGGUUUUAGGUUGCUUAGUGAGUUAUCAAAACAGUGCUGACACUAACAAGAAUUCAAAUAAGUGUGUCUGUUUUGAGCUGAUUUUAAUUAUGUUUCAAUACAUGAACAGGAAUACUAAAAGUCAAAAACAAGGUACCACAAUACAGUUGAUCUUUCUCUAACCUCCAAAUGUCUCCAGCUGCCUAACAUCUUAAGCCAAUUAGAUGCUUGAAGUUAAAUUAUUUUGAGAGCAAACUAGAUUUUAAAAAAAAAAAACCACACAAUUUCUGCUGGGCAAUAGUAAGAGGGCUAUUUUAGGCUGUUUAAGUGCUUCACAGAUUUGCUUUUUGGUUGAGACAUAACUACUCAACCUGCAGUAAGUGGCCUUCGCACCAAAGGACUGCAAGCCAGACUUCUGAUUGCAGUACAUGAUCAUUUGUUUUGCCUUUGGAAGGGUGAUGUCAUCUUUUCAACCUUCCGGUUAGCCUCAUCUGAAAUACAGCCCAUCAGGUGAAGCCUUCUACCAAGUAAACAUGAAGUAGGCAACAAAAUAUGACUCCUUCCAAAUCUAUGAAGGUACAUACUCCAGCGCAUACACCCACAAACUGGAUAAAAGCAAUGCUAUAUUAAGAUCAGUUGAAUUUUCCUCGCUUUUACUUCUAAAGGAUAGAUGUUGGUCUUCACGUAGCUUAGAGUUGUAAAACUUCUGUGAUGGUAUACAGGUUAGAUAUUUUCAGAGAUUUUUGUCUCAAAUCUAGCUCAUUGUUUUGAUCUCUAGAGUGACCAAACAUCUGGAGGAAAAAAAAAAUUAGCUUGAAAGGGAACUCUUCAGCUGAAGUAUCUGUAUAAAUGCUGACAGUCUUGGUUACUGUCUGUCUAGUUGCAUGCUUUCAGAUACUCAGGAUUUGGGUUUUUUCCUCCACUACAAUCAUAGCUUUAUCCUGUUCUGUUUAUUGAGCUUUUGUAUUGCCCAUCAAUAUCUGUCAGACUCUGGCUUCUCUUUAAAAAUGAAACCAAAGUUGUUUUUUCAUGCUCUCAAGUGUUUGUGGUUGCACACUGAGCUAAGCCUGAGGUUCAUUUAAGUAGUGUUUUGCUCUCAUAUAUUUAGCAACUUAAACUUGUUCUCUGCUUAAGCUCUUUUUGGUAGCUGUGUAGAGGCUGGAGUGAAAUACACUUAUAGGUGCAAGUUAAACCCUCAACAGUUCUAUCGAAUCUAAGAAAUGACAUGACAAACUUCUACUUAAGUUUCCGUGCAAGUUAUCUGUGUCAUGAUGCUUCUUAAGAGGGGGGGGAAAAAUGUUUGGGUACAAAUGUAUAGCUUGAUUAAUUUAGCACUCUCCCUUCUUAAAAUGAUCUAAGCCAUAGCAAGCAAAAUUUUUUUAAAUGACUUAUCAAUUAAGUAUUAGGCAGCACGUAUGAAAGUUAACUGAACAGAAUCAAUAUAGAAUAUUCAGUAAGUGGGAUCAGAGAAAGCAUUUUACCCAGACUAACAGUUUUGAUAUCUGCAUACCUGUAAAGCAUUCAGUCUGUAACAAGACUGAGUAUCCUACCUUCUUUCACACACAGUGUCAGAGAACCACACUAUACCUGCAAUCUGUCACAGGUAAUAAAUGUCAUACUAAACUCAAUUUCAGAAUAAAAUUAUUCAGUCCUACUUACCAAAAGAGAAUAGCCGUUCAGCAAAAGCAUGUAGUUGAAGGAAGAAUGGGAACAAACAGCUGUGUGGCUUCCACUGCUUUUAGAAGUUUGUUGCAACUUAUCUGCGAUCUCUUUCCAAGAAGCAGUUAAUUCCAUGGGUAUUUAUUUUUACAGCACUGAAUGGGCAGUAUUAAUUCUUAUCCUUGAUGAUUAAAAGAAUAUUAUGAAGGAACUUUAACUUGCAGCCAGAUAUAAUUCCCAAAUAAGUGAUUUUAAAACUAAAUGGUCUUCCUAGAUUUUGAUUUGAUACAUGAUUUGAUGGUGGCUGUGUAUGUACCUUGUUACUGGAGGCAUUUGUAUUAAAGGAAGGGCCCUUACAGGUGCAGAGUUAGGCGUAAGUGAAACGUGUGGGGUUUUUUGGUUUGGUUUUUGGAUUUUUUUUUUAAUUAUCAUUUUAGUUCUCACCUCUAGUUCUGAUGUUCUGAUCUAGUAAAGCAGAUACUAUACAGUGAGAAAUACAGUUACUAGAUUCCUUUAUUAUAUUAACCUAAAAUGAAAACCUUACUCAGUAUCAUUACUUCAGCCUAAGUGAAUACAGCUAACUACAUGCUUACCCAGCCUAGACCCAAAGAACUGGCAUUCUUGUAUUUUGGGAGUAAAUACAUAAAACACAAGCACGCAUGCACACAAAGCAGGUAUAAAAUCUGUUCAAACUAUCACAUUUAAAACUGUUCUAUUACACAAAUGAAAUAUGGUAUUUGAUUAUAACUAAACAAUUGUCUUUUUUUUUAUGGAUUCAAUUAAAGUGUAUCUUAUUUGUA